AUGGCCUCUAAUGAGUCUUACACAUCUAGUCAACGUGGCUUUGCUCACUCAAAUGCCGUCAACAGUCCUGCCAAUGAUCUUGGUGUUCAUCGCGGCGCUGGAGUUUCCUAUUCAAGCAACACCAACACCAUGCGAACACCUGAUCAUGAUUUGAUAGAACCAGAUUUUCAACCUUUCCCUUAUACUCAACAAUCUAGUACACCUAUAAAUACUCAACGAUCAUCACAAAGCCAGUCAACAGUCCUAUCAAAACGAUCACACUCGGCUCGAACCGCUGCUUCCAAUGAACCUGAUGCUCAUGCUGCUCAACCUGGUAAUAAGAAAGCUAAGCGCAAUCGAAAUGCCAAACCUCACGAUGAAAUCCAGCCUCAAAUUGUGAUCAAUCAGACUAACCAGCUCCGUGUAACUGAAAGGAUUGCCGAACAAGGUGAGCGGGCCACAACCGCUCUCGAAAGGAUGGUAGAGCUUUCUGUCCUCACGAUAGACACGUCAAACCUUGAUGAAAGAACCCGGGCAGGUAUUCAGGCAGCCAAGGAUAGAAUCAACCAAAAGAACGAGGCUCAACGUGAUGUUUGA